GGAAGGAGUAUCUGUGACAACAUGGAAGGGACUAGUGGACUUUGGGCCUGAGCCUACAACUCUCAUGCGGUUUUACUAUAUAAACACAAAAGCACCAGCCCAACUCAUCACAGACAAUCUUCACUUCACACUGAGGAGCAGCCAAGGCUCAAACAGAUCAACGCAACAAUGAAGGCAGUUUUGUUCCUAACCAUCGCAGUGAUCUCUGGCUGCAAUGCCAACUUCUUCUACGCCGAUGCCCCCAAGCCCCAAAUGGAGGUGCUGACUGAUGCCUUCUGGGACUACAUCGCCAAGGCAACCCAGACUGCUGAUGACACGCUGCAGAUGAUAAGAAAGUCUCAGCUCGGAGAGGAAAUCAAUGCCCGAUUGAUGGAGAGUGCAGAUGUUGCCAGCAGAUACGCAGUGACCAUCCAGGAACAACUGCCCCCUGCUGCCCAGGACCUCAUGACCAAGAUCACCAGCGAAGCCGACAAUCUCCGAAACGUUCUUACCCAGGAACUCAGCACUGUCCGCGGCCAACUGGAACCCUACACCGAGCAGAUGAAGGUCCAAAUCCAGCAGAAGGUGGAGCAGCUCAAGACUGAAAUGGCCAUCUACGCUGACUCCCUGGACUCUGAAGGUCUGAAGUCCGCCUUGGUGCAGAAAAGCGAGGAACUCAAGGCUAACCUGGAGCAGACCGUCAAGGAUUUGCAGGCUCAGCUGGGACCCUACACCGACGACCUCAAGAUGAAGGUGGACCAGCAUCUCCAGAACUUCCAAGACAGCGUUGCGCCCAUGACCGAGAAUGUGCGUCACCGUGCCAGCCUGGUCAAGCAGAUGGUGGCCCCCUACGCUGAAGAUCUGAAGGAGAAGCUUGACCCAUACGCACAAGAUCUCCAGUCUCAGCUCAUGUCUCUGUACCAGUCCUUUGUAGACUCUAACUAAAGAAAGAUAUAGACAUUCCACAUUCAAUUGUCCCCAUCGUUACCAUGACGCCGGCUCUGCUUGGUCUACCUCUGCUUGAAACAUAACGUGAUUCAGAUUUGUGAAUUGUACUGUAAAGCAAAAUGAAAGGCCCGGAUAUUUAUUUCUAUGAAGUGCACGCAUUGUUAAACAUCUGUGCUU